GAAAUUGCUGCCGAGGCAACAAAGUUGCUGCCGUCCCUCAGAGCCGCUCAGAUGCGACUGAAAUAUUAGCGUGUUUUUAGAAAUAAGAUUUGUUUUAGGGUCAACAUGUCUUGGGUUAAGGCUGUUUCGAAUAGCGUCGAUGUGUUUGACGAGGACGGAGACGAGCUGAGUUUACAGAGCCGAGAGUGGACCUCCAACAUGAGGAAGAGACUCCGGGAUGGGUUUGUGGACGGAGCGGAUGCCGGGGAGGAGGUCUCUCUUCAGGUCGGGUUCAACCUGGGCUUCAGGGAAGGAGCAGCUCAGACUGCAGCUGUGGGGCGACUCAAAGGAAUCGUAAGCGCUAUACUGUGCUGGUGCCAGAUCCAGCGUCCGGGAGUCCCCCUCCCAGCCUCUGUGACCGACCUCCUGCAGCGAGUUUCACAGCAUGAGGACGCGAUCCGGGAGGGCAUCAGAAAGGCUUUGGAGAGUCCUCCUCCCAGUGUGAGCUCCGUCUCAGAGAGCAUGGAGGAUCUGCAGGUGCAGCCGGCGGACUCCGGCUGCUGUGGAGGAGAGGGAUGUAAAGACACGGACUGCUGCAGGAACGGAGACAAAAUGGACCUGGACGUUCCUCACCAGCAACAAAAGUUCUCUUCUGGAUCCACUGACGGCUCCUCAGGCUCAAGUGAAAGCCUGAACGAGCUCGUGCAGCGCUGCGUGGAUCUGGUGUCGGAGCUCGGACUGCCGCAGGAGCUCGUCAGUCACAUACAGGAGCUGAAGGACAUGUAGUGACUCACGAUCACAUCCGACAAUACUUGGAAAAGCACAUGAACUAUGAAUUUAAACCGGUUUUAUUGUACAUUUCUUACACGGCAGUGAAGUGCUUUUGAUGUAUUUAAUUUAAAAUAAUUUUGCAAUUUUAUUUUUUAUAAAAAUGGAUGAAGAGUGUGUGAAAAUAAACAUUGAUUUGCAAUAUUUCACUGCAUUUCUGUUCUCACAACCCUUGUUUCCCAAAUAAAAGAAUGAAAAGAAAAACA